UUUUUGCCAAGAUGGGGAUCAUCAGAUCACUGGUCGGUCCAAAUCUGUCAAAAAGGUUCUUUCAUUGCAUGUGACACGCCGUGCAAGAUGAUGGAUCAGCCAUUGGUUUAAAUCAUACCGUUCGCUCACGUAGUCAUAGUCUAAAACUGAAUGCGCACGCGACAUUCCAGAAGGACACGAAUAUGAUAACAAUUUUCCCGGAGCUUCCGCUUCGAUGUAAAGCGAAUGAUCACUCACGAUUCCAUGUAUAAAUCGAUCGCAGUGCGGGCACGCGAGACGUGACUAAAGAACAGAUUCAGUAACCUGUGCAAAGAGCCAUUCCGUGUUGACAAGAUCCAGAAGGUUCAGCAAGCGAAAUUGUCGAUCCUGAAAAUCUGAUGAAGGAUAGAAUGAAAAUGGUGUGAUCAUGUUAAGGAUCGAAAAAGGAUCAGUAAUAGAUGCGAUCUAAAUUUUGUGAAAUUUAGAAUACGACUAUGCCCUACGAAUAGCACUAUGAUUCUGCUCUGCCUACGCAACUGAUAAGAGCUUCAUUUCCUUACAUCUGACAGGGAGAGGAUCUAGGACUGGAUAUUCUCGACACAAAAACGGACAAAAAUGGUGACUCGUCAGACUUUCCGCCGCCACGUUUCCUGGAACACCCGUUCCAACAAGCACCGCUUCGUGAAGACUCCGGGUGGUCGCUUGACCUACCAGGUAGGGCCAGCUAGUUAUGAUUUAGAUUUUCGCGAAUACUAACGCCGAAAGGCUCGCGUUUUUAAAUCUCAAUCUAAAUUCGAUUCUGUUCUUUCGCUUCUCACUGCUGGUUCUCUCUCCCUGUAGAAUUGUCCACUAAAAUCGCCAAAUUUCCAAACUACCAGGUCGUCACGAAGAAGGCCAAGGCCCCGAAAUGCGGUGACACCAAGAAGCCGCUGAUCGGUGUGCCGACUCUGCGCCCGCACAAGUACAAGACCUUGAAGAAGAGACAGCGCAAGGUUGCCCGCGCCUACGGUGGUACCCUUUCCGCCGGAGCCGUGCGCCAGCGGUACUUAUUACUUCCAAAUUGUGUUUGUGCUUUACAUUUGUCAUUUUGAUGUCAACAACAUUAGGCUUUUUGUUUGGUGUGUUGUCUUGUGUGUGUCGCGACGUGUCGGUCAGGAAGGUCUGUUGAUGUUCCCGAUACGUUAAAAAAAUCCACUACAGUGUCAUCCGUGCCUUCCUGAUCGAGGAACAGCGAUGCGUCAAGCAGGUCCUUCAGGAGAAGGAAAAGGCCAAGAAGGAGGAGGACGCUCCGGCCCCGAAGAAAAAGAAGGCUGAGAAGAAGUAAGCGAGCCGUUGUGCCCAAUCGAAUGAAAUUUUGAACGUGCGCACUGCUCCUUUCGUAAAACACGGAAAGAGUGAACAGAAGUCCUAUGACAAGUCCGUUUAGUUUGUGUCGUUGCUCAUAGGGAGCAACAGUGGAAUAUUCAUCUGUCGAGGCAGGUCCAGAAAUUCAGAAGGCUUCCCCGCCUCUACUGUACUCUCUUGCAAGCUACUCGUGUUCAUUGCUUCUGCUUUGUUGCUGUCAUCUGUGCGCUUCCGGGAUCGUUCAAUGUAGAGAGAGGGAGAAGUGCUUUUGUUCCUAAAGCAACGCGUGGAACCUACAAUAGUCUGGCUCUGGCCUCAGACAACAGUGUGUGAAAGUGAUGCGGUUAAAAA